AUGACACUGGAUGGUAAAGAAAUCCAAAGCAUGCAAGUUAAAUGGAUAAGACAACAGAUGGAUCUGGUGAGCCAAGAGUCUGCGCUUAAUGACACCAUUCGAGCCAAUAUUGCACAUGGCAAAGGUGAGGAUGCAACAGAGGGAGAAGUUAUAGAUGCAGCAGAACUGGAAAAUGCUAACAACUUCAUCAAUAGUUUGCAGGAGGAGCGUAGUCCGGGGAGACAAAUUGGAGAAGGAUAUGAAGCGGGUGGAUUAUACCAUUUUGGAUUUCGUCCACGAGUGUCAUUUGUUGUAGCUGUAACAUCCCUGUAA